AUGCUGAAAGACAGGAUCAGAUACGCCAUGGACCAUCUGUCCCACAAACAGUAUGUUUCUCUACUGGCGCGGCCUAACUGGCGACGAAUUCAAACGAAAAACGUGCAUAUUCUGGCGGACCCUUACGGCAUUCGACGGGCGGCGUUGAAGGGGCGCGCCUCGAAGAGAAUCAAAGUGAUGGCGCGGCCGAAACACGUUACCAAAAAACACGAUCCAACAUUGCUGUUGGCGAACAUGAGGUUCCCCGGUAGCAGCGGCAACAUAGCCGAGACACUCUGGAAGGUCCAGAACUCACGUUAUCGGAGAUAUCGAUUCUUCUGCAACGCCAGACAGCAACGAGAGAUGAGGAAGAAGCAAAAGAUAAUGGCGAAAUUGCGUCGGGUGAUCAAGCCGGAGGAGUGGGAUCAACACAUGGAGUUGCUGGAGAUACUGGCCGCUCCCAAGGUCCCGGCCAAGCCCAGAUUCCCUAAAAAGAGGAGAUGGAGGCCGGUGAACAUGCGGAGGAUCGAGGAACUGUCGACGCCGGUGACGAGGGAGAUGCCACCGCCCAAGGACCCGUCCAAAGUCGCGAGGACCGCUCUCACCUACAAGAUCAGCAAACGCACACAGAAGAUCGCGUACUCGAAGACGGUGGCGGAGAUUACACCGCCGCGGAUCCUCGGCGCGGUUUCCCCGGCGGCGUUGAAGGCCGUAGCUUCUCCGAGGACGAUGACCCUGGCGAAGCCAGUCGAACGGCCCGCAGGCAUGGAGACAGACCUCCGAGAAGAUGCGUUCACCGUUUCGCCGAUGGCGUUAAAAGCCAAGUGCUCGAAGCGGUUGAAAUUUCUCGCCAGGCCCAGGAGGAGGAGCUGA